AGUAGAUUAAUUUAUUCUGCUAUAUAAAAACGCAAACGUCUGCAUUGAGAUACAGACUAAUACAGCAAGCUCUUUAUGUGCAGUAUUCCUGGCUGAUUUCAGUGAGAAACAAUGGGAGUCUGGACUGUCUAUGUGUCUCUCUGUCUGCUCUUUGCUCUGAAUGCUUCAGCUUGUCAGAGUGGAUGGACUCGAUAUGGACAUAGAUGUUUCAAGGCUUUUUACAAUCCAGCAUCCUGGAAGGAUGCAGAGAUGACCUGCUUGAACUAUGGCGGGAACCUUGCUUCUGUACACAGUCAAACUGAGUACAACUUCUUAAAAUUCCUGAUCUCAAGUACAAAAACAUUCUGGAUAGGAGGCUAUGAUGCUGUUUCAGAGGGAACAUGGUUCUGGAGUGAUGGGACCAAAAUGAAUUUCAAACUUUGGAGCCCCACAGAACCCAACAACAAAUAUGAUAGUGAGCACUGCAUUGAGAUGAACUUUGCAGCUGCAAAAAAAUGGAAUGACCUGGAUUGUAAAAACAAAAUACCAUUUGUGUGUGCCAUUUCUGGCUGAUCUCAUCCCUACAUGCCAUAUUAAAUCAGAAGUGUCAUGCCUAUUCAAUCUUAUUUUUAAAUCUUUUAAACAUUUUUAAAACAGUGCAAAUGUACCAAAAUCACUGAUUGUAAGUUUAUUUUUGCAUUGUUACAUGAUGCCUCUGUGUUAAACAUCUUUCUUUCUGUAGCUCAUUAAAACGAACAGCAUUCA